AUGUCGUUCCCGAGAUCUUGCGACACCUUCGUUGUUCUUCCUCCACUGACGAAAAAUAAUGAAGUUAUCUUUGGAAAAAAUUCCGACAGGCCUCAGAAUGAAGUUCAAGAAGUCGUCUAUGUGAAAAACAGAGCUCGGGAUUCUAAAUUAAAGUGCACUUAUGUAACUAUUGAUGAAAGUUCCGAUCCAAUCAACAGUGUGAUACUUAGUAAGCCGGCAUGGAUGUGGGGCGCAGAGAUGGGUGCCAAUGACAAGAAUGUUGUUAUUGGCAAUGAGGCUGUGUGGACAAAUAAUAAUGAAGGAGAAUCGGAUGCCAGGCAAAAGAGAUUGUUGGGUAUGGAUUUAGUGAGAUUGGGUCUAGAAAGAGGAAAUUCUGCCGAAGAAGCAUUAGAAAUCGUAACAACCCUUCUAGAGAAGUAUGGCCAAGGUGGACCUUGUUCAGAGUUUGAUGAUAGCCACUUUUAUCACAAUUCUUUCCUAAUAGCUGAUUGUAAGGAAGCUUGGGUGCUGGAGACAAGUGGAAAACUAUGGGCUGCUGAAAAAAUUACCUCAGGCUAUAGAAACAUUUCUAAUGGUUUGACAAUAAGGACUAAAAUCGACAAGCAUUCAGAGGGUUUGCAUGAAAAGGCAGAGGCAAUGGGCGUUUGGGAUGGAAAGGGACAAUUUGAUUUCACGAAUUGUUUCUCAUCGGGUGGGGAUGAAAAACGCCAGAAGGAAGGGGAGAGGUUGCUGAAGGAAGGGAGUGCCACAGCCGCUUUCAACGUCAAAAACAUGUUUAACAUACUACGCUGCAAGGAGAAUGGCAUCUGUCGAAGCUGCGAUGAUACUUUUCCCACCCAGGGAAGUCAGGUUUCUUCUCUAUCCGGCAGUGGUUUAAGCGUGCACUGGUUCACUGCCACUCCGGACCCAAGCGUCUCCUACUUCAAACCAUUCGUCUUCACUCCCAAUGUUCAAGUGUCACCGUUCACGGAAAGUCCGAACGAGCCAAAAAGGGAGCACUUAUUGUACAAACUACACGCAAAGCACGUGUUGACAUCAAAUAGCGAAAACAUAAGCAAGGUGCUCCGCGAAAUGGAGGAAGGUUGUCUCGCAGAGAUAGCUGAUUUCACAAAGCGUUACACUGCGAAGCUGGCUUCUAUCAACGAAUUGGACGGCUUGAUGAAGAAAUGUGUCGAGACUGAGGUGAAGCUGUAUGGGUAA